CUUUUUGAUUAUUCAAACACACAUGUUGCCAGUUGGACAAAAGAGACAAAAUGAAGGAUUAGUCGAUCCAGAUGAUUCUGACGAUUCCGAAGUUAAACCAGUGAAGAGAAACGGUAGAAGAAAGAUAAAGAUUGAAUAUAUUGAAGACAAGAACAGAAGACAUAUCACCUUUUCUAAGCGUAAGGCGGGUAUCAUGAAGAAGGCUUAUGAGUUAUCAACCUUGACGGGUACGCAGGUUUUAUUGUUAGUCGUCUCCGAAACGGGUCUUGUUUACACUUUUACCACCACUAAAUUACAACCUAUCGUCACCAAGCCAGAAGGUAAAAAUCUCAUUCAAACAUGCUUAAACACACCUGAUCCCACCGUUCAAGAUAUACCGGAGACUAAAUUGGAUGAUCACUUAUCGCCUCAAUCCACAUCAACAACUACAAGUCCAUUAUUAAAGCCUUCUCCUACCAUGAUUAGACCUUCCAAUAUUGCCCCUCCUCCUCCUCCUCUUCCCACUGUUGCUCCUCCUAAUAACUACACUCAACAACAUCAACAACAACAUCAACAGCAUCAACAGCAACAACAGCAACAACAACAGCAGCAACAACAACAGCAACAACAACAACAGCAACAACAACAGAUGGCAAUGCCACCUUAUAACCAACAAAGAUAUCCCGUUGGUUUCCAAGGUAACUUACCUCAACCAACCCAACCUUAUCCCCCUCAACAACAACAAUAUGGCCAACAACCAUUUUAUCAGGGACAAGGACAACCUUAUCCUGGCAACCCUCAAGGUUAUUGGGCUAACAAUCAACAACAACAACAGCAACAACAGCCUCAACAACCCCAACAACAACAAAAUACCAACAACUCUCCUACUGUACAGAGACAAAAUGUUAAACAAGAACAAUCUUAAAACUUUUUAUUAAAAAAAAAAUUUUCAUUCUCCCAUGUAAAAGAAAAAAUAAAUAAAAAAAUAAAAAUAAAAAAAUGUUACGCCAUCAUAAUGACACUGGAGUUUCCUUUACUUAAUCUUCUACUAU